AUGGGCUCCAUGGACGACGUGCUCAACUCGGGCUUCCCUAUUACCACGAUUCUACUUCGCGUCACGGGCUCUGUCAAAGCCACGACUGCGAUGCUUUCUGGCCUCUUUGUCAUCUGCUAUUGGGCUACCAUUGCCUCUAUCGCCUCCGUCUCUCGUCUCACCCGGGCCUGGGCCCGUGAUGGUGGUCUACCCCGAUGGUUUGCCUUCGUCCACCCUAAGCACCUCGUACCUAUUCGCGCUGUUUGGCUGUCACUCAUCAUUGUCAUGCUCAUAUCUCUCCUCAAUGUUGGAUCCACCGCCGCUUUUGGCGCCAUUACUGCACUUUGCUCAUUCGCCCUCUACUUCUCUUACGCCAUCGCCAUCGCCUCCAUGCUCUACGCGCGCUGGAGCUCUGUCCACGGCGGCAAGUCACUUGAGCUCGGUGCCUGGAACUUGGGUCGCUACGGUGUCUAUAUCAACAGUUUCGCCCUUACCUACACCAUUUACUGCAUGAUCUGGCUGCCGAUUCCCGGCACGCUGCCUGUGACUGCGGUGAAUAUGAACUAUGCAAGCCCGAUUUUUCUGUUUGUUUUCUUCUUUGCGCUCUUCUUGUGGUUCCUCUGCGCGAGAAAGCAUUGGGAGGGCCCAAAUGUCGCCAUCAUCGAGUUUAUCAAGGCUCAAGAAUAA